AUGGCUGGAUUAAUCAUAUUUUUGUUCUGCUCAUUUGUUUUCAGUGUGUGUUUAGCUCAAAAUGUUGCCCAAACUUCUGUUGAGGCAGCUGGAUCUUCUUCCUUACCUCCAUCAUUUGGUCCCAUGUUCUACCUCAAUUCAAGUUUUCCCUCAAUUUGCUACACCAAUGAUUCUAAUGGUAGGAGUCUCGUCAGUGAAGACAGCUCAACAACUAUGAGAGCAAUCUUCUCAAGAAGGGGAAGUGUUGAGUUUGUUUGUGGAUUCUACUGCUUCGGCAGUUGCACCUAUUACUUGUUCUUAGUUGCCAUUGUUGGUGGAGGCAAUCAUAGUGUAGUUUGGUUAGCAAAUGUAGGCCAUCCUGUGAAAGAAGGUGUGACGCUACAACUCACAGUAGAUGGAGAAUUAUUACUGCAAAAUUCAGAUGGAGACCACAUGUGGUCAACCAAUACAUUAGGCAAGUUUGUGGUGGGAAUGAACAUGACCGAAUGGGGAAAUUUGGUUAUAUUCAACAACAAAGGAGCAAUUGUUUGGCAAUCUUUGGAUUACCCCACAAACACAUUGCUUGUUGGGAGGUAUGCAGAGCUUCAACAAGGAAGUUUCCUUGUGAAUUUUGCUACAUCUCAAUCAACGUUUAAAAUAAUUCCCAUCAAUUUUCCCUCCACUGUUAGCACUGCAUAUAGAAAAUUAGGUAGUGAUGGGCAUUUGAAGAUAUUCUGUCACAGUAAUGCCGAUGGGUUGAGGGAGAUUGUUGAUAUGAUUACCCAUGAUUUAGGUGAAUGUCAACAUCCUCACACUGUGGUGAAUAUGGCUUAUGCAGAAAAAACCAGUGUAGUUGUCCCGUAUAACAAUAAUGUUUCAAAUGGGUAUUGUUAUAUCCCAUCCAUGGUAUUGACAAUUAGAGAAGGGCAAGUCCCAAACCACAGUUUCAUAUCUGCAACAUUUGUCAAGGUCCAAAUUCUCUAUAAGGCAGAAAACGAACAAGUAGAAGGCACUGUGCCUAACACCUGCUCAGAGAACGAGGAGGAUUGUAUGAAGCAAGUUCCAGGAAGUCUAGUGAGGUUUUCAUAUGAACAGCUAUGUGUUGCAUCAGAAGAUUUUAAGGAGAGAUUGGGAGGUGGAGCAUUUGGAACUAUGUUCAAUGGGAUGUUGGAAGAUGACAGUUAG